CUUCAGCACAGCCAAAUACACCUACUCAGACCCAUACACACACAAACAAACAGUGUUGAUGAUGUUCACGAACGAUUCGUGUUAUUGUCUGAAGGCUUUUGUCUUUUUGUUAAUUUCCAUAUGUUGUUUGGAGGUCGACAGUGCAGAUGUACAAAGCAGCUUACCUGGACAGCUGAAGUUUGCACACGUGAUUUACAGACAUGGCGACCGAAUGCCUGUUGACCCGUAUCCUACAGAUCCUUGGAAUGAUAGGAAAUACUGGCCCACGGGCUGGGGACAGUUGACUAAUCGCGGCAAGUUCCAGCAUUAUCAGCUAGGCAAAUGGCUGAGGAGUAGGUACAGCUCAUUGUUGGACACGAAGUUCGACAAUGAACAGAUUUUUGUGCAGUCCACUGAUGUGGAUCGAACACUAAUGAGUGCGGAGUCCAAUUUGGCUGGCCUAUACGAGCCCGUUGGCGACGAUGUGUGGAAUGCGCAAAUCAAGUGGCAACCGAUUCCGGUGCAUACAAUACCCGAGAAGGAGGAUGCGAUUUUAGCUGCCAAGGCGCCCUGUCCCGCUUUUGACUACUAUUUGGAAACGUUUAAGAACUCCGAUCAGUUCCAAUCUCUGUUUGCGCGGUACAAGAAACUCUUCAACUACUUGUCAAGUAAUAGUGGCCGAGUUGUCGACUCAUUUAUAGGCGCACAAUAUCUUAACAACACGUUGUUCAUCGAGACACUGUACAACAAAACUUUGCCAGUGUGGGCGAAAAAGGUUUAUGGCAGUUCUGAGCUAACUUACGCCUCCAACUUUGCAUUCUCGAUCAAUACGUAUACGCGACAGCUGGCGCGCCUGAAGGCCGGACCUCUGCUUAAAGAUGUACUUAAUCGCUUGGAGACCAAGCAUAAGAAGCAGUUGAGACCGGAUCGGAAUGUGUUUAUUUAUAGUGCACACGACACGACAGUUGCCAGCUUGUUGAAUACUCUGAAACUUUUCCAGCUACACAGUCCACCUUACACAGCGUGCAUACUAUUUGAGUUGCGCGUGGAUGAUAACGAUGCCCCAUUCGUAUCGGUUUUCUAUAAGAACACAACGGCAGAACCGCUGCCUAUGGAUAUACCCGGAUGCGGAGUAUCCUGUCCGUUGUCGAAAAUGUUCCAGUUAUACGAUGAUGUCUUGCCCGAUAAUUGGGCGCAAGAAUGCAAGCGAUCGACACUGACAAUGACGUACGAGGAGGCUAAUCUGGGUGCAGCAACAGGCAUUCUUAUAGGAAUUAUAGCCAUCCUGCUCCUCGCCAGCUAUGGACUGAUGGUAUAUUAUCGCCGCAGAGACUACAAGAUGCACAAUUCCUACGCCCAAAUGGCGUAGAUUAAACCUACGAAAAAAGGCUUCGAUAAAGAAAUUAAAAUCAAGAAGGGCUCUGAGAUAGGCAUAAAAACAAGUUGAGCACUUCAGAUUUAAACUCACUAAUGAAUAUACAUAUAAAGCUCUCGUAUAUUUUAACUGUAGGCAAACGAUAUUUACGGUAAUUGAAAUUGUAAUUUGUUAAAUCAUUUAGUAUAUAAGCUCAUAUGAUCUUGUUUCUUUUUGUUAAACGAUGGAAAACAAAGACUGUGAAUAGUUACCCUGAAGUUUCUUACACAUUUACAUGUGAACUUAAUAUAUAUAUAUAUAUAUAUAUAUAUAUAUAUGAAUGUAUUUGCAUUUACGAGUAUAGUCAUUUUUUGAAAUCUUGUUGUACCAAAUAUAUAUUGCGGACUAAUAAAACGGGCUCAAAAAU